AUGCGCCAAGUUAUCCGCCUUAUUGACGUCGGGGUCCAUGGCCUGGUCCCCGGCGGAAGUACUGGAGAGUUCGCUGCGCUCACGGUGGAGGAGCGUAGAAUUCUUACCGAAACUUGCAUUAAGUCAGCCGCUGGCCGUAUUCCUGUCGUUGCUGGCACCGGUGACUUAACGAGCAAGGGGGCUGUCGAGUUGGCUGUCCACGCCGCGCAGGCCGGCGCGGCUGCUGUCGUAGUUAUUCCGCCCUAUUACGAAGCUCACAACCUCGAGGAGACACGCGAGCUUCUCCAAGACAUCCAUACCGCAAGUGGACUACCUAUUGUCUACUACAAUAUCCCGAGCAUCAGCGGUUUGACUUUGUCAGCCCAGAAUAUUGCAUCACUUUCGGACGUCGGUGUCAAAUACCUGAAAGACACCUCGGGCAGUGCUCCAGUCUUGACUGACUUGCUCUUUACCUACGGCCAAAAGAUUACGACCUUCAACGACUGGGACACUCUGACCUUCUAUGUUCUGGCUGCGAGCACAAAGGGUUCCAUCUGGGGUGCCGUCAAUAUCAUUCCCGAGCUUUCUGUUGAGCGUUGGAACGCUCUAGCCGUAGAGGACGAUUUGAAGAAGGGUCGGGAGGUCUGGGAAAAGAUUUUCCCAAUCUGCAUGGAACUUCGGAUAUGGAAGACUGGAGGAGUCAGGAAGCCAUUUGCUCCUCUCAAGGAGGGUCCUCAGGCCGAAUUGGCUGCUUUGCUCGAAACCGCGAGAGUCAAGCUGUGA